AAACGCAAGCCAAGAAUUCUUUUCUCGCAGGCUCAGGUUUAUGAACUGGAGAGACGAUUCAAGCAACAAAGGUACCUGUCAGCACCAGAGAGGGAUCAGUUGGCCACAGUCCUCAAGCUCUCCUCUCAACAGGUAAAAAUUUGGUUUCAAAAUAGGCGCUAUAAAAUGAAGAGACAAACUCAGGACAAAAAUCUGGAGCAGCUAACAAUUAUGCAACAGCAGCAACAACAUUCAGCAUUGCACUCUCCCAGAAGAAUUUCUGUGCCGGUGCUUGUAAGGGAUGGCAAGCCUUGUUCUAACAACUACGCCGCCAACAACAACAUGAUACCGCACAACAUCAACUCGACUACAACGUUGUCGUCAUUCGUUGAAAAUCACCUGACGGCGCCCGGCAACAACAACUCCUGCUGCAUCUCGCCGUACAGCACAAAUUUUCAACAUGGCGCCAACUUCAGCCUGCCCUACCAGUCUAUGCCUCACCAUGUCGAGUACGCCUCGUACCCACCCGUCGGCCAGCACCCUUUCGUGCCCAGAAACAACUCGAACAUUUUCGCGCAGGAUUAUAUCACCUACAACAACGACAAACAAUUCUCACCGACCGCACAAUACGCCGCCGACAGGACAUGGCCUCUAUGA